GAGAGCUGUCCAAGCGCUGAAAUGAGAAAAGGCGUUCCACUCCCAUUCCUCAACAGAGGACAGUCCUCCACCUGCGAAACAUUUCACUUCACACAUAACAACACUGGCCAGCGGGUUUGUUUUUACAGAGCGAGCUUUUAGAUCUGACUCAACUCCAAAUCAGAGAGCUUCCAGCGCUACACGUUUUUGGAGUUUCACCCUCUCGGCGUCUGUACACAGGACUGAUGUUUGUUCACGCCGCCGCUUCGAGAGAUCUGUUUCAGGGAGUCAGAGUUUCAUGAAACUAAACUAUGAUCUGUGGCUGCGCUGAGGAAUGUCUUCUGUAUUUUUGUGUGACAAAAGAACACCCAAACGCCCACGACUUGGUCAGGAAGAAAGCGGUGGCCCCAUUUGGAUUAUGUGUUUGACCAAUGUAAACAUAUGGAAGAAAUAAAAAAGUGAGCACAUGGGAAAGCCACCAGGAAUGAAUCGCUCCUUUAUUAAGGUUUUGGCAGCUUUAUUUACAUAUUUCAUGGAGACAAACAACUUCAGAGUUGUGGAUGCAAAGGAGCAUGAUUCCAGAUCAUCCUCCAACAUGUCUCCAUCUGACUUUCUGGACUCACUCAUGGGUCGCACGUCUGGGUAUGAUGCACGAAUAAGACCGAAUUUUAAAGGUCCACCAGUUAAUGUUACCUGCAACAUAUUUAUCAACAGCUUUGGUUCUAUAGCAGAAACUACAAUGGACUACAGAGUGAACAUCUUCCUGCGGCAGAAGUGGAAUGACCCUCGGCUGGCGUAUAGUAAAUAUCCAGAUUCCUCCCUCGACCUCGACCCAUCCAUGUUGGACUCCAUAUGGAAGCCUGACCUCUUCUUUGCCAAUGAGAAAGGAGCCAACUUCCAUGAUGUCACCACAGACAACAAGCUUCUGCGGAUCUUCAAGGAUGGGACUGUCCUUUACAGUAUCAGGUUGACUCUCAUUCUGUCCUGCCCGAUGGACCUGAAGAACUUUCCGAUGGAUGUCCAAACUUGUACAAUGCAACUGGAAAGCUUCGGCUACACCAUGAAUGACUUGAUCUUCGAGUGGCUGGAGAACGGUGCAGUGCAGGUGUCAGACGGGCUCACGCUGCCUCAAUUCAUUAUGAGGGAAGAGAAGGAGCUGGGCUACUGCACAAAACACUACAACACCGGUAAAUUCACCUGUAUAGAAGUCAAAUUUCAUCUGGAGCGACAGAUGGGAUACUACCUGAUCCAGAUGUACAUUCCUUCCCUGCUCAUUGUCAUCCUGUCUUGGGUGUCUUUUUGGAUCAAUAUGGAUGCUGCUCCUGCCAGAGUGGCGCUGGGCAUCACCACUGUGCUUACCAUGACUACCCAAAGCUCUGGCUCCAGAGCUUCUCUUCCAAAGGUCUCUUACGUGAAAGCCAUUGAUAUCUGGAUGGCUGUGUGUCUGCUCUUUGUAUUUGCUGCAUUGCUAGAAUAUGCUGGGGUUAAUUUUGUCUCCAGGCAACAGAAAGAGUUCCUUCGCCUUAGGCGAAGACAAAGGAGGAAUCACAAGGAUGAUGAAAUGCGUGAAGGCCGCUUUAAUUUUGCUGGCUACAAUAUGAGUCAGUGUCUGCCAACGAAGGAUGGCUCAGCUGUUAAGAACGCUGUUCCUGCUCCCACCCCUCAACCAUCAGUCCCUAAGGAUAUAGACACCAUGAAGAAGAAGUUUGUGGACAGAGCCAAGAGGAUAGACACUAUUUCCAGGGCUGCCUUUCCUUUGGCGUUCCUUAUCUUCAAUGUCUUCUACUGGGUUACCUACAAGAUCAUCAGGCAUGAGGACAUCCACAAAAAGUAAAGACUUUAUUCAUUGACAAAAAAAAAAAUUAUUUUUCAUUUCUCAGAUUGAGAAAUGCUUAGAAAGCACAGUGAGAUGAGAUGGGAGACACCACCAUGGUGAUGUUGGUGGUGUUCUUUCAGGGAUAAUGUAUAAUGUUCAUGCAUCAUACAGUAAUUAUCAUGUUCUGAUAAGGUGAAGAGCUCUUGACACAGAUGCUUUUUUUUGGUGUCGUUGUUGUUGUUGUACUGCUGCAUAAUAUUUCCUGACAAAUCUGGAAACAUGAUUUUAACUCAAGGCUUGACGUCUGCACAACCAAGGAACAAAGAAACAUUCCAUGGAUUUGUAACUGUAAGGUAGCUUAGCCAGACCCUCAAAGACUUUUUGUGAUUGCAAAAAGGGUAUUUCUUAUCAAGGAUAUUUAGGACUGUUUUAUAUAGCACUAUUGUCAGGGCACUUCCUCUGUGUUUAUACAAAAUAAAGCAGCAAACUAUACAUACAGGCAGAAAGCACGUACAGAUGCCUCCUUCAGACAUUAGGAAGCAGCACACGUUUCAGGCAUGAGUGCGAACAAAGCAGAUGGAAAUCUGGAAUCGGAGACUGCAUUUUUAUGAAAUACCUGAGGCCUUAGAUAUCAAAGAUCUGGUAAGAUGAAGUGCUGUGCUUCUCUAUUUUUUCAAGCAUCUCCUCUUGUUUAGUGGUCUAUCUGAGCCGAAUGCACCGUUUGAGCUUCACUACCUGUGGCCAGAUAUCCUUCUUGUUGUUUCCUUUUUCUCUUAAGUGUAUUAUAAAUCAUAUUCACAGACAACUGGUGUCACUUAAUAUUCCCAUGUUAUGAGUCACAAAUUUUCCUUUACAUUCUAAAAUAAUUUAUUAAACAAACUGUCAUAUAUUCACAGGCUAGGUUCAUGAAAGUAUAAUGGUCAAUUCUGAGCAAGUGUAUAGGUAAGCCUACAAACUGUGAACAUGCACUGCAUUACUCAAUGUUGUCAUAUUCACAUAAAUUAAUUUAUAUUCCAGGUAAAUACUCCAGGUAUCUUAUCUAUGGUUUUAAAGUUUGAAACUAUGUUUUUGUAGAUUUAGUCUGAUGAAAUAUUUAUUGUAAUGGAGGAAAGGUUAUGUUUAUUUAAAAAAUAAUAGCUUUCUGUAUACUUCUUCAACCUAUGCUGUGAACCGUUUCCCUUCACUUGGAGUGUUUUUUGCUGGAUGGUGAUCUAUGUUUGUAGAUGAAUCCAAAGGGUGAAGGACAGAUCUGCAUAACAUUCAUGGUACAGAGCAGCUAAUGGUCUUUGCACUCUUGAUAUACUGUUGUGAAGAACUCCUUUCUUGAAUGCUAUUCCUGAAAAAGGUUAUUUACUGGUCUGUACAUCAAUAAAAUUGACAGUGCAC